AUGUAUUUUUUAUUAAUUUAUUUAUUUAUUCCUAUUGUCAAUAAUCUUGUGACAGUUGAAAUUCAUCGAAAAUCAAUUUAUCAACCGUUUUCAUCAUGUUCUUUUAUUCGUAAUAUUUCAUGGUCGAACGAUGUAUCAAUUCAAUCAUGUACAUGGGAGUGUGUUCAAGAAUAUAAUUGUCAAACAGCUGUGUAUUAUAAUGAUGCUAAAAAUUGUUUAUUAUAUGCUGAUAUAUGUCAAACAAAUUUCAUACAAUCAUCUGGAAAUAUUUCAGCAAGUGUUAUUUGUUUUCAAAAAACUCACAACACUCUUAUUACUAUGUGUUCAACAACUAUGACAACAAAUCAAAUAGAUACAGAGUCGUCAUAUACAAGCAUGAUGACCACGACAGAAGAAACAUUAUUAUCAACCACUUUAACUACUACAGUUACACCUAUCAAUACUACGAUCAUAACAACAAAUCCUGUCAUAUAUACAACAGAAUCUUCUUAUGUAUGUGGUAACAUGACAGUUCUUAAAGGAAUCGAUUUAGUUUCUGGAUUUAUGGAUCUUCGUCAAGUUCAUAGUUUUGCUGAAUGUUGUACGUGGUGUCAAUCUAAUAGUAGUUGUGUUUCGUAUACAUGGAAUAUACCUACAAGCGCAGGAUCUAUUUCAUGGUGUUAUAUAAAAGACCAUGUUCCAUCUUCUUCUAAUAAUCCAUUAGUCAUCAGUGCACAUUACUAA